AUGAUGGCUCGAGAGGUCCGCGACGUAACGCAGCCCUGGGUGUGUCCCAUCUGCUUUGAAGCCGUGGAUGGAGACAAUGGAGACGUGGUUUCAAUCGCCUGUGCAGAUGAACAUCGUUUUUGCCGCCUGUGCCUGCUCCAGCAUGUUGAUUCUCAACCUUUCCCGCGCUGUCCCGCUGUGAGAUGUGCCUAUGAACUCUCGGAGCAAGAUCUCAUUGUUAUUUGCGGCGCCGGCUCCCAGCGUGUGGAAAGAUUCCGAGAAGACCUUCUAACUAAGGCAGUUGAUCAGCUCAGUGAAGUGGUCCGUUGUCCCAACCCUGACUGCAGCUGUGCAUUGACUGUAGAUGGUGGACGCCAACGGUGGCAGUGCUGUGAGUGGCCCGCUUGGUGUACAAAGUGCCGGCAGCCUUACCACUACAAGGUGGAAUGUGAAGCUGUAGAGGGGCUUUGCAAGCGAUGGCUGCAAUGGGUAAGCACAGACCGGAGCACUUACCACCAGGAAGAAGUCCAGCACUCUCGCUUUGAGACACAGCGUAUUGCCCUAGAAGAGGCUUUAUCUAGACAUGCAGAACUCCAACGUGAUGAAGAGUGGAAGCGGGCUAACUGCAGAGAAUGUCCAAGGUGUCAGCGUGUUGUUGAAAAGUUGGAGGGCUGUGAUCAGAUGAUUUGCGGUCAGGAUGCCCAUGGAGGGAAUCGACAAAAUGGUUGUGGCCACCAUUUUUCAUGGAACGAAGCACGGGCCUACCGUGUAGCACCGGAGUCGCGGCCGUUGCCACAGCUGAACGUGGAAGAAGUGAGGCUGCGUGGGGCAAACUUGCGUCAUCCCUUUACUCAUUGUUCUUCCUGUGAGCAAGACAUUGUGGGUCCAAGGUUCAGGUGCAUUCACUGCCCUGAUUACAACCUCUGUGUCACUUGCGAGCGGGAAUGCGCUACGUGCGCUACGCAUCCACUGAAUCAUGUCUUCGAGAUUUUGUUCAAGGCUGACUAUGAUCUGCGUGCUCACUUGCCACUGGGUUCCCAUGUUCUUAUUGCUGACCAUUCGGAGAGACAUGGUUUUGAGGCCAUUUUGGAGCACGAAAUUUGCCAGGAUGUCUUCCAGGUGAGGCUCCUGUCUGACAACUCAGAGCGGCAGCUGCAUCGUUCAGCCGUGCAAGUGAAGCUAGAGACGAGCAAAGCUGUUGAAGCUCAUGUCAAGGCACAUGUGGCGGCGCAAGUAGCCGAAGCUCAGCAAGUGGCGGCCAAACGACAGCAAGCAGUUUCUCAGAUGCGUGGCACUGAUUGUGUGGUGGGAUGA